AUGUCCUCUCUGCCUGAGGACACUCCAGGGUCAAGCGCAGCAGUGGGUGACCAAAACGACAAUGAUGACGAAUCAAGCCACCAGUGGUGUUACACCACCUCCAGCGACUUCAGCCUCCUCCUGUCUGUCCUCAUGGGGGGUCCCAUUUCCCAUCCCAACUUCAUCAGCAGGAGCCAACUGAUCAUCUUCUUUGUCACCAGCCGCCAGCCAAACAUCCUUAGGAAUGCCAAAGCAAACAACAGAAAAAUAGAUUUAUUUUGCCAAGACCCCAGUCAACUGAAAACAGGCAGAAGUGCUGCCUACAUCCUCAGGUAUCAAUGGCUAGAGUAUACCGAUGAUGAUGAGAGCCCAGAGAAAGUUUGCAACUGCUCAGCAAUUCUGCUGGGAGAGGAGGAGGAAAUACAGCAAGCCAAAUUACUGUCCAUCAGCAAAGACUUCCAGAAGAGUACUCAGAUCCCUGAUGAGUAUUAUAUCAAUGCAACCAAAGACUGCAGUAAAUUCAAGACAAGCAGGAAAUAUAUAACAUUCCCAUUAAGCGAGGAAGAAGAGGACUUUCCACUAGCUUACUCGAUGGUUGUCCAUCACAAGGUUCACAGCUUUGAGCGACUACUGCGAGCUAUCUACGCACCUCAAAAUAUUUACUGUGUCCAUGUGGACAAAAAAUCACCGGCCUCAGUCUUUGCUGCCAUCAAGGCCAUUACUUCCUGUUUCCCAAAUGUGUUCAUGGUCAGCAAGGCUGUGAAUGUGGUCUACGCUGGAUGGACACGUGUACAGGCUGAUCUUAACUGCAUGGCUGAUCUCUAUAACACCAGUACGACAUGGAAAUACUUCAUCAACCUCUGUGGUCAGGAUUUCCCUGUAAAAACUAACUUGGAAAUUGUGCAAGCUUUGCGUUCACUGAAAGGAGGUAACAGUAUGGAGUCGGAGGAAAUGCCUCGAGGAAAGAAGGGAAGGGUGACAAAUGUUCACGAAGUAGUAGAUGGACAAAUGCAGCGAACAGGAAAAACAAAGGAUCCAGCUCCCUUCAAUCUGCCCAUACUAUCAGGAAAUGCCUACAUUGUGGUCAACCGAGGUUACAUUCGCAGUGUUUUGGAAGACAAGCGAAUACAGGCCCUCAUUGAGUGGGCCAAAGACACCUACAGUCCUGAUGAGUUUCUGUGGGCAACAAUACAGCGAAUACCUGGUGUUCCUGGCUCAACAUGGCCCAACCGUAAAUUUGACACGACAGACAUGAACGCAAUUGCACGGAUGGUGAAGUGGCAGGGGCACGAGGGGUCAGAGGAUUCUCUGCAAGCAGUAUACCCAGAAUGUAAAGGCCACCAUGUCAGAUCAAUAUGUGUGUAUGGUGCUGGAGACCUGCAGUGGUUGAUUGAACAGCAUCACCUUUUUGCUAAUAAGUUUGAUGCAGACAGAGAUCCCAUUGCUGUCUACUGCUUGGAGAAAUAUCUGAGACACAAUGCACUGAUAGAGUUAGUUUAGGUGGAGAGUUAAUUAUCUAUUAUAAAAGACAAUUCUAAUAGAUAAUUAAACUAUGAACACAUUCUUGCAUAGUGUUGGAUCAUAAUUGUCAUGUGGAGAUAUUUUAAUAGUUGAGGAUGUACGUAAAAUAUUAAUUUGAUGGUUGUAGGUUUUUUUGUUGUUGUUUUUUUAACUCAGCACGUCUUUUAAUGUUUAUUAAAAAUGAAAUUACUAUUAACUAUAUUUAGAUUUCAGCAGACAAAUGUUACUAAUCUAGCAUGGCAUGUGAAAGUUUCAUAACCCAAUGGAAAAACUCCUUGUGGCUUGCAUAGAUACAAAUACAAAAUAUUAUUAGUUUCGAAAUAUUCUAUUUAGUUAGAUUCAAUUUUGUUUACAUGGCCUUAAAUCACAGUAACGGUUGCCAAUAUUAUAGAAACAACCCCAACAAUCAGACGACACCCUAAGAACGAGCACAUGGCAACAUUUUUAACAGGAAGAAAGAGAAACAGCCUUAGGGAGGGGUGGCCAACAGCUACAUCUGGUUAGGGUGUGAAAGGAAGGAGACAGAGACAGAGAAUGAGUACCAUGCAAGCCAUAAAGAAAGAUGUACAAAUAAAUAAAAGCAAUAUGGUCUAACCCUAAUGACUCCUCAGGACUACCAAAGAAUAACUGUCUUGCGAACACACACACACACACACACACACACACACACACACACACACACACAAAAAUGUUCAGUACUAGCACACUUCUCUGAUUUUGGGUGUGUGUUUCAGAGUAAUUUCAAACUAAAAGCAUUACAAACAACUUCUGUUACAUAACAAUGCAGCUCUGCUACUUUAUUCUCACAGUGACAUAAGGGGUGACAACAUUGUAAACACUUAAUAUAAAUAUUGACUGAGGGUUAGGGAGUGCAACAUAAUGUGAAACGUUGCUGUAUAAUGAGUGACCCACACCUUCAAAAUUUCACACCGGUGUGGUCAAAGCAUUUGGAUGUUCAAACACAAAUGUAAGACAGCACACAAGAUUUAAUAUAACAAAACACAUCACCAAAUAACAUACUGAAUUGAUUUUGUUUAUUAAUUUCUGUAUUACAUGUAUAAAGACAAAUACUUCAUCUAUAUUGACAUGAUUCAAUUUAAAAAUACUUCAAUAAAUUUCUUUAAACUAAAUUACAUCUCCUGUAAGCUUACUGUGCCUUCUGCUCAUUUUUGUUGUUCUUUAGAUGGAACGGUGGUACUACUCAAGAGCAUCACUGUGGCUUUUGAAAAUGCGCUAUUAUAAUAACCCAGAGUUAAUUAUCAAUACAUGAUUGUUGUUAACACAUGUUUGGUACAAGCCAAUAACAAGACAAUCUGAGCUGCAUCAACCACAGUAUUACUGUAUAUUCAACACGCUCAGAUCUGAAUUGGAUUUUUCUAAUUUUUUCUCUUCAGGGAGAAGAAGAAGGGCAGCAGCCAAAUAUCUUACAACACAGUUGAGGUCCCCCUGUGAGAGGGAAAAUAAGAAGGAAAAGAAAUGAGUGAGACUUAUUCACAUUACAGUAAAACAUUGUCGCAUGGGUGUGACUUAUUUACAGACUAUUUGACUUAAACUGAUUUUCACCAUGUCAAAGAAAUAUUUGGAUGUUCUACCACAAUAUCAGUCUGGCAAGGUUAUGUAAAGCUGUUUAACAUUACCACUAAAUAUCUUGGGUUCUACUAUUACAGAUGAACUACUUCUCAUGUUGGCAUCCUGUUUGACUGGAACAAACGCAUUUUCUUUUUCUUCUUCUUCUUCUUUUUUUUUAUGUGGACAAACAUUUCCUGGUUUGAAAUGGGAGCAGCUUUACUUUGUUAAAUGGGAGCAGUGGAAUACUUACAUAUCACUUACUUUGGUGCUGUUUCCUGCAAUUCUGUGUCCAGUCUGGUUUAGCAUUACGUUGGAAGGCAGAGAGCAAAAGUAAGUGAGGGACUAUACUGUCAGUAGAUGUGGGGAAAAAAUGGGGAUUCAUUGACAAAAAGAAAAACAACCAGUGGUGAGAAUUCAAGAUCAAAGCAAGGUACUGCCGUGCAUGGGGUGUAACAGUUUUUCUAAAAUGAGUCAAUAUUUGACACUUAAACAUGAGAAUAGAUAAGAAUUGGUGGUGUGCGGUCUUUUACAGAAAGGCAAGCAGAGACGACAAUAUGCACAUCAACAAAAACUCCUUCAUCCUCCAUUUCCCUGGUCAACAUGAUAACAUUUUUAAAACAAGCCAUGUUUGCUGUCUGUACUCUACAUGGACGUCUUUACUUUUCUGCACUCCUUCCUGCAUGAAGAUUGCUACAAUAAUAUCACUACACCUUACCACACAUAAAAUUUUCAGUUUAAUUGCACAUAAAAUUUAGUGGCUGUCCUGUGAGGACCACAUAUCUAUUGAAAAAUUGUUGUUCAUUAGCUCAGAAACACAGGCCUACAUCUUGAUUUUCAAAGAACAUUAAAAUAUAUGAAACCUUUUUUAAAUCAGCUAAAUCAUCAAGUCCAUUUGUUCACUUUAUUAGUUUGGUUUGCAGUUAUUUCAUUAAUAUAAUUCAUUGAUCAUUUUAUUUAAACCUAACAAUCAGUGGCGGUCCUAGCCUGU